AUGCCUCUGGCCCAUCCCGACAUGGAGAGGCUUCGUGCUGAUCUUAUACAACGAUCACGCAUGGAGCGAGGUGGAAGUUCGAAUGAAGGCGUUGCCAAUGCCAACGCCAAUGUCGAUAUCGAAGCUGGACGGCGUCAGCCCAGUACCUCAGAGUCUCGCCCGAUGAUUGCGCCUCUUUCACGGCUGUUAAGUCGCAGAGAACCUGCUUCCAUGACUGGACAACCUCAUCUCGCCGAAAUCGAGAGCGUCAAGUCCCAAGACUCUAAUUCGAAUCGACCGAAUGUCGGUCGACGUUUCGCGAUACCAAAUUUCCUGCGAAGAUGGGGCCGUGACAGCAGCCCGUCGCAACCUGAUGAUAUUCGCAAUAUAACUGCCUCUCCAGCACCGUUAUUACCUGUCGCCGAGCCUUUAUCGCCAACAAGACCAGAGCCGGUCGCAACUCCUUCAGAAUCGCAACAAACUCGAGGUCAACGACGUCGACAAAACACUUCCGUUGAUCCUUUGGAGGCGCAUCUCUCCGAAAUUCUAGAUCUCUGCCUCUCGAUGACCAACAAAGUCAACACGCGUGAGAUGAACAUCAUGCUCAUUCUCGUUAUCCUCUUUGCAGCUGCUUUCUUCUUCCACGGACUGAUAAGGCUCUGCCUACUAAUAAUAAAAGGCAACCGUGAGGCUGCUUUGCGGGCAAGUCGACCUCCUCGAUACCGAGGCCCGCGAUAUGCAGUACCUCCAGUCCCAAUUCCAGUAGUCCUCGCGCGGGAUGAAGAGGCCAUUGACGGAGACAGCGAAGUAACAAAAACGCUGCCUCCUGCUUAUGGCCGCUGGCGUGAGACAGUUCGUGUUGAUCCAGAUCGUCUGUUCUGGCAGCGCAACGAGAAUGUGGAUCUUUCUGAAAUAAGGCCUAGUACACGGUCUGGCCCUCGCCCACCUUCAUAUGUAUCUGAAGAUGGCAUCUCGUAUGUAGUUGAGGCACAACCGCGAUCUACGGCACCGAGCACCGAAGUUCCUCUUCCUACUCACCCAUCAGAGUUGGGUAGAGUGACUCGGGUAACGACUGAGUAG